CAAAUUUUAAUUAAUGGGUGAGAUUGUGUCUAAUUAGCUAUUCGUAGCUGGAUAUAGUCGUAGUAAGGUGACUGAUGAAAGAGAUGUUAGAGAAAUCUUUAGAAAGUAUGGGUCACUCAAAGAAGUGGUAUACAAGGGUUCUUACUCUUUUAUUGUAAACUCGUUUGAAUUUAAGUUCACAAGACUUUUAGUACUGAAAACGAAGCUAAAGAAGCACUUGCAGAGAUGAAUGGCACCACCCAUAAUGGAUAGAAAUUAAAAGUAGAUGUCGUUGACAAUCGUAAAGGAAGGAAAACUGGACCAAAUGAUAGUGACGAAUGUUUUAAAUGUGGAAAAGGCGGACAUUGGUAAUCUAUUCUCUUAUUUUUUUUUAGGGCUAGAGAUUGUCCUAAAGGAAGAUCACCUCGUAGAAGUAGAAGAUACUCUAAUUCUAGAUCAAGGUUACAACUAUACAUCUUUAUAUUUUAGACAUCAUAGAAGAAGAUCUGAUUCGAGAUCACGUUCAUCUUAUUCAUCUUCUCGCUCCAGAAGAAGAAAUAGAGAUCAUCGCAAUAGACGUAGAUAUAGCAACAGUCCUAAAAGAGGGGAAGAUUAAAAAAAGCCUAAUUACAAUAAACGUAGAUCACCUUCUGACUCUUAACAUCAUUCCACAUCUUGAAUAACCAUCGCCAAAAACAAAAACAAAUUUUAUUAUUCAAC